CUGACUCUCCGAUCUGAACUGUGCCAUUAGAGGAGGAAGUAAGAAAAUAAGAAUUAUAGUAACCCAAUAUUCCUUCUGUUCACAACUCUCUAACUCGAAACUUGUCUUUAUUAAUUAUCUUCUUCAACAAUCCACUCUUUAUAUGUUGUACCAGAUUGGUUUCUACCUUAUUCUCAGUUUAUAACAUCAGAAGGUAAGGAAUCUCUUUUUGCUUGCUCUAAUUAACUCUGUGUGUGUGUGUGUGUGUGUGUGAUUAGGGUGGGAAAAUGUUGAAGUUGAUAACAGGUAGACUAGGGCCAAGUGGGUUUGGAUCAGCUUCAACUGCUGAACAGAUUACUGAUGGCAUUGACGGCUCCAAUCUCACCGCCAUUGUUACAGGAGGUGCAAGCGGCAUCGGUUUGGAGACAGCAAGAGUUUUAGCUUUGAGGAAUGUCCAUGUCAUUAUUGCAGCAAGAAAUAUGGAGGCUGCAAAUGAAGCAAAGCAGCAAAUUCUGAAGGACAAUAAUGCUGCUCGCGUCGAUGUUGAGAAACUUGACCUGAGCUCAAUUAGAACAGUGAAGGCAUUUGCUGAUAAAUUAAAAGCACUUAACCUUCCUCUCAAUAUCUUAAUAAACAAUGCAGGUAUUAUGUUCUGUCCAUUUCAGCUUUCAGAAGAUGGCAUAGAGACGCAAUUCGCCACAAAUCAUAUAGGUCACUUCUACUUGACUAACCUUCUUAUAGACAAAAUGAAGGAAACAUCAAAAGCUACUGGUAUUCAGGGUAGGAUUGUGAACCUGUCAUCAAUACUUCAUCAGUACCCCUAUAAAGAAGGAAUACAAUUUCACAAAAUCAGUGACAAGAGCAGUUAUCAAGAAAGACUAGCAUAUGGGCAAUCCAAGUUAGCCAACCUAUUGCAUUCCAAUGAACUUUCUCGUCGCUUGCAGGAAGAGGGAGCAAAUAUAACUGUCAACUCAGUGCAUCCAGGUUUAAUAAUGACAAACCUCAUGAGACAUUCUGGUCUUUCAAUGAGAAUCUUUAGGGCUUUCACUUGUUUCAUGUGGAAGAAUGUCCCUCAGGGAGCAGCUACGACAUGCUAUGUUGCCCUCCAUCCAAGUCUAAAAGGCGUCACUGGAAAGUAUUUCGUUGACUGCAAUGAGCAUGAGCCAAGCAAGCUAGCACAAGACGAAGCUUUAGCUCGAAACCUUUGGGAUGUCAGUAACAACUUGAUCAAUGCAGCUUUAAAGAGUUGAUAAGUUGAUAAUUCCUGAGAGAGCCUGGAAAGAAAUGUUAUUUCCUUCAUAUUUAGUGAAACUGUUAUUAGAAGUUUGUUUGAGUUAGCUUUUCUAGUUUUGUUUAAAGUCUAAAUGAAGUGCUUUUUGCUUUUCUCUUGGUUAUCAGCUACUGUAAAUGACUCUGCAAUGUCUAUUGUGUUCAAAUUUUACAGUAGGCAAAUUCAAAUAC